AUGGUUAAACCAUUGUCUUUUAAGGGCGACAAGAAAGCGAAGAAGAGAAAGCGCGUCGACACCGAGGAGAAGUUUGGCGAAAGCUCGGGAUCGAAAUCGAAGGAAAUCACAGUCUCAAAGCCAGAAGAAGAUGCGCCUUCAGUCGAUGACGAUAGCUGGGUUACAGCAGAAGCUUCAGGAGAUGUCAUAGGACCGAUUAUAUUUGUAUUACCCUCCGAACCGCCCUCAUGCAUAGCUUGCGACACGAAUGGCAAGGUGUUCGCCAGCCCUCUUGAAAACAUCAUCGAGAACGACCCCGCGACAGCAGAACCACACGAUGUUAGGCAGGUUUGGGUUGCAAAUAGAGUUGCAGGUACGGAAACUUUUAGUUUCAAAGGUCACCAUGGAAAGUGUCUAGAAGCUAAUGAGUGUUCAAGAUACCUGAGUUGCGACAAAUACGGCAUAUUAUCUGCCAGCACAGAAGCCGUGUCCCCUCUCGAAUCCUUCAACUGUAUACCAACAGCCGAUACACCAGGCACAUUUCAGAUACAAACUCUGCGCGAGACUUUCCUAACAAUCAAGCCCUCUACAUCCUCGAAAACAACUGCCCUUCCAGAAGUUCGUGGUGACGGAGAGACUAUUACUUUCAACACAACACUACGGAUACGGAUGCAGGCACGAUUCAAGCCUAAAUUGAAAGCCAACAAAGAGGAAAAGGCACGAGAAAAGAUCAGCAGGAAGGAGCUUGAGGAAGCUGUGGGACGGAGGUUGGAGGAUGAUGAAGUCCGGAAACUGAAGAAGGCUCGAAGGGAGGGCGAUUACCAUGAGGCGUUACUGCUUAUCAAAGUCAAGAAUAAGCACGACAAGUACAGUUGA